UGUCAGACGUCAAAACCAAAUUUUACAAUAACAAUAAACAAAAUGAAAAUAAUUAAAUUGUACCAAAUAAAAUAGAAGUGAAAAUACAAAAAUGGAAGUUUUUCGAUCCGAGCUGUACUAUAUAUUCGUCAGACAGGAGUCAAGCCUAUGGUGGAAUAGGGUGACGGGAGCAUUUUCUGUAAAAUCAGCAUGGGACCUAUCGGACAUCGAGGAUAUCGAGUGCUUAGGGAUUACGGACGGAAUACUGGGUAUAGUUGAGCACUCUACUAUUUACGAGCCUCGCCUAAUGAUUAUCAAGGAGAGCGUGGCAAUCGGCCAGCUAUACUUCCACCACACGAUAUACAAGAUAAAGUCAAUAUGUAUCCUGAACAUGGGCACCGCUAAUCAGGAGCUGGAACUGUCUCCGUGCACUAAACACAACUCCUCAGCGAACAGCGCUAAAGCUGGUGGCAGAAAGAUUGGUGGCAGGCUGUUUGAGAACUCCGCGUUUCUGAACAAGACGGUGGGAGCUGUGAAAAAUGUCAGCAACACUAUUAAAACUACCACACAACAAGCAGCAACACAGGUAAAACAGACAGUUAAAAAGCAAAGAGAUCCAAAACUAGCAGAAAGAUUUGAGCAGAGGCUCACGGACGAACUACACAAGAUAUUUGACAACUCCGAUAGCUUCUAUUACUCAAGAACAUUAGACCUUACCAACAGCCUGCAGCGGCAGUACGAGAUUGAGAAGAUUCUAGAGGCAGAAGAAGGGAAUACAAAGCCCAUAACCGACAUAACAAGAUGGUGGAAACAUGUGGACGAGAGAUUCUUCUGGAAUAAGCAUAUGUUGAAGGAUAUUAUUGCUUUAGAGAGCCCAGCGUGCGACGACUGGAUCCUCCCCAUCAUACAGGGUUGUGUGCAGCUGUCUCAGCUGUCCGUGGGUCCACCAGACCCCAACCCCCUGGCGGCUCCUGGCGCAGACGACACGUUCACGCUGGGGUUGAUAUCGCGAAGGUCGCGACACCAGGCUGGCACCAGGUACAACCGGCGCGGGAUAGAACCCGGCGGCAAGGUGGCCAACUACGUGGAGACGGAGCAGAUAGUGUCCCUCGUCUGCGCAGACACCGUGCACCGAGCUGCCUUCCUGCAGGUUCGUGGCUCGAUACCGAUAUUCUGGAGUCAGCCAGACUACAAGUUUCGCCCGCCGCCCAAACUCGAUAAAACCGAAGACGAAUCCCACGCGGCGUUCACAAAGCAUUUCGACGAGGAGCUGUCGCGGUACGGGCGCGUGUGCAUCAUCAACCUCGUGGAGCAGGCGGGGCGGGAGCGCGUGCUGUGCGACGCCUACACCCGCCACGUGCGCCGUCUCGACCGCCCUCAGCUGGUGUACGCCACCUUCGACUUCCACGAGUACUGUCGCGGCAUGCGCUAUGAGAACGUGAGCGUACUGGUGGGCGCGCUCGCCGACGUGAUCGCGGACAUGGGAUUCACGUGGCGCGACGGACGCGGGCUGAUCUGCGCGCAGGCUGCGGUCUUCCGCGUGAAUUGCGUGGACUGCCUCGACCGGACCAACGUGGUGCAGACCGCGCUGGGGCGGUACGUGUUGGAGCUGCAGCUGUGUCGGCUGGGUCUGGGCGCCCCGGGCUCGGGUCUCCCGCCCGCCCUGCGCGCCGCCUUCCUCGCGAUGUGGGCGGACUCCGGUGACCUGCUAUCCAGACAGUACGCUGGAACCAAGGCGCUUAAGGGUGACUACACGCGCACCGGCGAGAGAAAGUUCACAGGCAUGAUGAAAGAUGGCGUCGCCUCCGCUAAUAGGUACUACUUGUCGACGUUCAAGGACGCGCUGCGUCAGGUGGCGGUGGACGUGAUGACGGGUCAGGCGCGCGCCGUGCCCGACCGCCUCAUCGUGCCCGACGCCAUCGACGCGCCGCUCUCUGACCACGAGCAGGGCGCGGUGGACACGGCGGCGAUGGCUCAGCACGUGAAGCAGCUGAUCGACGACUGCAAAAAGCUGCUCGUCGACACAGAGCCCGUGCUCGGCUCCUGGGGACUCAUUGAUGCUGAUCCGCAUACUGGCGACCCUCACGAGACCGAGAUGGACAGCGUGUUGGUGCUGACUGCGGAGGCGCUGCACGUCGCCGACUACGACGAGACCAGCGACCGCCUGCUCGCCGUGCAGCGCGUCCCGCUCGCCGACAUCACCGCCGUCGAGCUGGGCACUCUCGACCAGCCCGCCUCGCUGUUCGGCGUGGGGCGGCGCAGCGAGGCGCUGCACUGUGUGCGGGUGAGCUACAGUCACGAGGGCGAGGCGGGCUACUACCGCAUGUUCCGCUCCACCGCGCUGCGCUUCUUCAACAACAUGGCCGUCGCCAUCACCACCAAGGACGAGAUGAUCGAGUCGCUACACUCGAUCUGCGAGUCUAUUCUGGUGGCGCGCGACGUGGCCGGCCUCCCGCCUAUACCAUUCCACGAUGGCGUCAAGCUAGACCGGAGAAAGUCCAAGGUGGUGGGCGGGUCGGGCAAGGGCGGGGCGCGGUCGAGCCUGUACGCGGACCUGUCGCGGCUGCCGGCGCUCACACGCAACGUCAGCGAGACGCAGCUCGUCGCCGACAUCCGCAGCGCCGGGUCCAAAGCUCUCAACAACAUGUCGGAACAGUUCAGCAAACUGAACAAGCUGGGCCACUCCCUCGCGCCGCGCGCCCGCCCCGCGCUCAACCUCAAACUCGACCACAACGCCAAGACCAAGAAGAUCUUCACAUUAGGACCGAAGACCGACACCAAGAAGAAAGGAAGUCUAUCCGACGGCAUGAGCUCCGACUACUCCUCUGAUGAUGAAAACAGAACGAAUAUCUUCGAACCGACCCUAGACAACUUCGAACACAUGUCCCACUACAUCGGAGACCAGAAGAAGAAAGAAGAUGAUUAUGACCUCGUCCAAAACCCGCUGUAUUCGUCCAAAAUCGAGCCUCAUGAUGAAGUGGAGACGAAUUCGGAGCCGGCAGAGAAGCAGACCCUCAAAACACCGAGUUCGAGCAAGAAGAAUCCGUUCGAUUCGGAAUCGAUAACGCCGGAGAUACAAGUGGACUCGGUUCCGGCGAAACCGGUGCCGCCUAGCUCGCUGGUUCUCAACCAGAAGCUGUCGCAGAGUUCAGGGUUCAUCAACUUCGAAGACGACAAGAUGCCCGAUGUUUCAUAUACCAGGUCUAACUCCCAACACGAGAUCACUCUCAACAUAGCGCAGUCGCACAGCGAGUCGGCGCUCCUCCGCAGCAUCGCCAGCCCCGUCACCAGCGCGCGGGAGAUGGUGCUCUCCCCGCUCUCCAAGCUGGCGAGGGGCGUCCAGUCGCUCUCAGCCAACCUCGAUCCCAGGAAGAUCAAGAGCGCGGGCGCCGUAAAGCACAUAACGGAACAACAGUAUGAGGAGCAUCGCCGACUGCAGGAGAUGUGGCAGGGUUGUAGCACACGACUUAUUGCGCUGUAGGGCUGUCACACCAGAUAAUGUAUUAGCUAAGAAGUUGAUUCAGACAGAUGCCGACCUACGUCAUUUGGUCGGACUAGGUUACUUCAAUGUUAGUUGCAACUGUCGGCUGGGUUUGACAUAACGCAAAGGUCGCAGCAGAGGGCACUUCUAGCACAUAUACAAUAAAUAAUCCGACAAAGGUCGGAUCGGCUAACAGAUCACAGCUUAUAUUAAACGAGCUUUUACCCGCGGCUUCGCUCGCGUUAAGAAGUAUUAUUAUAA